ACGUGUGUGUUCCCUUGAAUAUUUAACUUUGUCUGGGUAUGUUUGUAAUUUCAUUAAUUUACAGCUUAAGUGCUGACUCUUUCUGCCAUUAGCCAACGCGUGGCCUCCCUAUUCUUCAAACCUAAAACCUCCAUUCAACACAACUUACUCCACAUCUGUUUGCAAUAACCAAAAAUUACCGAAGGAAGCAAAGAGGACAUCAUCAAUUGCCCCAAAAUUUAGCAGACUUCACCUAAUAAUUCAACGAAAUUACAACACUUAGCCUUUUCCGAUUCUCAUCUACCACAAAGAUUAUCUUGCGUUAAUAAGCUUGUGAAACAAUGUAUUCCGGCCAAAGAAACAAACGGCCAUAUGCAGAACAUACAAACUCUGACAAGAAUAUAAGAAGACGUGAUAUUUAUGGACAAAUAUUGCCUGAUAAAAAAGAGGCAAUGUUACUACAACGCCGCACCAAAGAACUUGAACGGCAAAAAUGGAAUAGUUCGAUAAAAUCGGCAAUUGAUCCAGAUGAAAAAGUAAUGUAUCAAUGUUACCCUAUGAUUCGAAAACAUACUGCUCUUAUCAUAAGAGAGCCUUCUUCUGCCGACGUCCAAGUUGGCAGCAACCAUGAUGUUAAUACUUUCUCAAGUUCUUUUGAUAAGGGAAAAAAUACCGCUCAUCCGUUUUCUGUAUUUGAAAGAGUUAAACCUAGAACGUCUAUGAACAUGUUUCUUAGCACAUCACGGCUUAGGUAUACAUCUAAAUUGUGAGAAGUCGUGCCCCAGGAUCAACAUCGCGUGCAUUUAAGGGACAACAAAAUUUGUUCCC